AUGACGAUUGGGGAAAGACUCGAUGACUUCAGGGAAAGAACUGAUGACUCCUGUGAAAGAGCAGAGUACGUAACUGCCUCAGUAAGGCUCCUCGUACAGACAAAUCACACUACGUCAACUAAAAGAGAAUGCCCCAAGACCUCCGAUCAGGUGGGGAGGAUCAAAGGUCAACCCGGAUUUAACGAUGAAGGAUCUUUGAGAGAAUUUGACAAUAGUACUUGUCAGUGGUGUAAGCGAAUGUUCAAACAGAUCAACAAACAUCUCUGGAGAUGCAAAAUGAGACCGGCGGAGCUCGAACCCGAACCUUUGGUGAGGAUAGAUGAUAUCCGUAAUACUAUGUCGGAGCAGGAACCUAGCCAGGAACACAACCACAGAGCUACAAAGGAACCUGCCUGCUCAGACUUGCGUUUUCAGUUCAUAGAUCAUGAACCGCCCAACAUCGAGAUUGAGGUUACAAAGAAGCUUAAAUUACCACAAGCAGCAGAGAGAGGAAUAUGGAAAGGAAUAGAUGAAGAUUUGGUUAUGCUGUGUCACGAGAUCGUAGAGAAGGAUGAGGCGAUCAGGCUUCAAAAGACUGAAGGGAGAAUCUACAGCUACCUGGAAUAUAGAUUUGGGGAAGAGAAGAAGAUAUUCGAACAGAAACAGCAGAGAGAGGACAGGGAGACUAAGGCGAUUAGGGUUUCUAAGAGAAUAGCAAAGAAAGAUAUGAGGUCGGCAAAGAGGAGUAAGGACACUAACGCAACAGCCACAGCGAAAAGAGAGUACCUCCGGCUGGUGCGGCUCCACAACAAAAGUCGACGCAAUGAGCUCAAGAAGAAGAGGGGCAAGCAGGAGAAGAAAGAGCAGGAUAAGUUUAAGAAGAACCCGUAUGACUACAGCAAGAAGCUACUUAACGGUAAGCAGAACAACGCUCCGCCAAGCUUCUCUAAGGAAGAAGCAGACAGGUUCUUCAAGAAGGAGUAUAAGGACACGGACAGAGGUGCAAUCUACACUAAGUUGGAAGGCCUUCCUGAGGCCAAGCCCCCAGUAGUUAAGUUCGAGCUGACAAAGCUGGACAAGGAAGAUUUCGAUGCAAAGCUGAAGAGCAGGCGUAAUAAGUCAUCCCCUGGUCCAAACGGUGUACCAUAUGUGGUGUAUAAGAGAUGCCCGAGAACCGCACACAUGAUCUUCCAAACCCUAUCUACCCUGUGGGACAAGAAGAUAGUGCCACUACAAUGGCGAUUUGGUGAAGCAGUCCUUAUCCCAAAGACUGAGGAUCUGUCAGACCCAAGCAAGUUCAGGAAUAUUACAAAGACGAACACCAGCGGCAAGUUGAACAUGGGAAUUCUAGCAGACAAGAUGCUGGAUUAUAUGGUGUCUAAUAAGUACAUAGACAAGUCAGUUCAGAAGGGCUUUCUGAAGAAGACUCCUGGUUGUCUUGAACACACCCAAGUGCUUAUGGAAGAACUAAAAGACGCCAAAUCUACUAGACGUCAGAUAUUCGUUGUCUGGGUGGAUUUAAUGAAUGCAUAUGGCAGAGUCCCACACAACUUGAUCCUCUAUGCCCUCCGGCAUUACAAAUUCCCUGAAUGGCUCAUAGAUUACAUGUUUAAGUACUAUGAUGAACUGAUUGUAAGGGUGGUAACCAAAGACUGGAAGUCAAAUUGGUUCUACUACAUGUUAGGCCUCUUUCAAGGAGACCCUCUUUCAGUAGUGUUGUUCCUGAUUGUAUUCAACUUACUGUUAGAUCUUCUACAAGAUCAAAAAGAACUGGGUUAUAAGCCCUCCUUUAGCUCGCAACCUACAUCGUAUCGGGCUUUUGCAGAUGACCUAACACUUAUGUCCUCCAGACUAGAGAAGGUAAAGAAGCAGAUAGAGUUGAUGGAGCAGUUUUUGGAUUGGAGUAGGAAAAUGAAGGCCAAGCCUAGCAAGUGUGUCUCCCUGGGAAUGAAGGUGAUAGAUGGUACGUACCAGGCUUAUGACCCAGAGAUAUUGAUUGACGGCCAGAUAAUCAGCUAUGUAGGAAACAACCCGAUUAAGUUCCUGGGCCACUGGAUCUAUGUCGAUCUAGGGUUAAAUGACACUAAACAACGGAUUGAAGACAAACUAAAAACUCUGUUUCAGACAGUGGAUGAGUGUGGUCUCAACGGUGUCAUGAAGUGUUGGAUCUACAAUAACAUGCUGACUAGCAAGAUGUCCUGGGAUCUGAUGAUUUACAACCUUCCUGUAAGUUUUGUGUACGAACUGGAUGCUAUCUGCACCAGAUUCUUGAAGAAGUGGUUGGGUGUUACUAGAUCAAUUACUGUGACAGUCCUGUACAGGAGCAAGGAUUACUUCGGGCUAAACUUGAAGAAGCUGAGUGACUUAUACAAGUCUCUUCAGGUAUCAAAGGGACACGCCCUGAAGAACAGUGAUGACACCAAAGUUGUAGAAGCCUAUAAUAACAAGAGAGAGAAACAGGAGAACAGCCCGAGAUGGUCUUAUACAACGGAGCUGACGGCAAGAGAGCGAGAUCUUUACUUCCAGGAGUUGGUUGGAGUAGUGACUAAAGAUCGAGUAGGACUCGGAUGCAAACCAAAGUUGACUGAGAGGCAGAAGCUAAGGCAACUGGUAGAAUCGGUGUCAGAGAACGACAUGCUAGUCACCCUGGUAAACAAGGGAGUACAGGGCAAGUUCUUGACAUGGGAGAACACGAUGCAGUUAGACUUAGGAUGGAACAGCCUUAUCUACAACUACAAGAUGAGCCCGGCUCUCCUUAAAUUCCACCUAAACUCGACACACGACGUGGCUAAUACCCCUGCAAACAUGAAAUUGUGGAACUACUCGAGUACAGGAAAUUGUGCACUUUGUGGAUGGAAGACGUGCAACAUCAAGCAUAUCCUAGCCGUCUGCAGUGUAGCAAGAAACUCCAAAAGGUACAACUGGAGACAUGACAACGUCCUACGUGUUAUAGCCGGAGCCUUGCUUGACCAACUCAAGAUGUACAAUUCCUCAGGUUCCACGACCUCCGACAAAGAAUGGAUACGGUUCAAGUCGAAGGAUGGGAAGUAUGAACACCCAAAGCCAAAGUUGAGGAAGGAGAGGCCCUUUGAGAGAGCGAAAGACUGGAAGCUGAUAUGGGACGAGGAUACACUACCUGCCCAGUUCCCACAGCACAUCUACAACACAGCGGAGAGACCCGACAUUGUAGUAUGGUCGGAUAGUUUGAGAGAAGUAGUUCUGAUUGAACUGACUUGUGGUGACGAGAGUAACUUCAGUGACCAAGUAGCACGUAAAGAAGCACGCUACAACAGAGAGCUGAUUCCUGGCAUCGACGGGUGCGGUUGGAAAGCUCUGCUCUUUACGGUAGAGAUUGGGUGUAGGGGCUUCUGGCACCAUACUGUACCAGCUCUAUUUAACUACUUUGGAUUGGCGAAGAGGACGAAGAAUAAAGCCCUGAAUGAGGCUGCUUUGGUCGCUCUUCGAUGUUCCUAUACAAUCUGGUUAGCCCGCGACAACAAGAAAUGGUCUACCUGCUACGACAUCGCAAGGAGGCCAGAAGUCAUAAACUGUGAAAGCUGA